AUGUCUGGUGGGAGCAGAAAUCCUGUCCAGGUUGUGCCCGCAAAUAACACUACACUGCGGCGUAGCACCUCGCCCGGAAGCCUGGUAGAAGAGGAAGAGGUUCGUGUUCGCACGCGACCUACUGCUCUUCGCUCUCCUCGACACGGAGAGCAUCUGCCUCUCCUGUCUGUCGAUCAGAUCUUGAAUAGUCAGACACAACACCGACUAUCUCCAACGCAAACUGACGAUCAGACCAAGGGUGCUUCAAACAACAUCGAGGGCACAUCAACCUCAAAAUCGGGGUCAGAUGAUGCUUGCAAUAAGACCCAACUCGUGGCCUCUCCAGCAAUUGGAAUCGACAAGUGGGACACAAAAGAUGAUUUGCAUAUAUGGCAAAAUAUGCGGGCAAUGCUACACCAGAAGAACCUUGUUGAGCUCAUAUCACCACAACGGCCUGGGCCACUUGGUUACCUUUACAGGGUGUUUGCAUCGGUGACAAACAAUCAGGGCAAUCUGACCGACGCCGCCGACUUCGGUUACCGUAUUCACUUUGCCGACUUGCAAAGGAUACAUAUGCAGUACCUACACAGCAAACUGGUAAAUCUGGCAGUCUCAGCGCACUUCAAUGGUGAUGACUGGAGCCCAGGAGGGAAAGCAGAAGAAAUCGGCAAGGUGCUCAAGGAAUACAUUCAAGCAGUAAGAGACCACGAGUACAUGGGAAAAUAUGCCAGGCCAUCCAACAACCCCUUCAUGGCCACCAGCCAACGGCUCUGCGACAAGAAAUUCCUCGAAGCAGCCAUGAAGAAGAACGGCUGCAAGAUGCCCGAGGACUUCCUACCCCCACUACCACCACCACCUCAACAGCAGCAGCACGAACAACAACUCCCGCAGUACAAGACACCCACUCCGCUCAUCGAGCGCCUCAAGAAACACUCGGUCCCCACCGGCCCCUGGGAGCGCGACAACACGAACAAGCCAGCUCGUGCACUGAUCAUCACCCACUCCAAGGCAUGGAAGCAAGCCUACUGGAUGAGACUCCGCGCUGGCUUAAUUGGUGGUGUCUUCCUCAUCGCUCCCAUGUGGAUUAUGCCCUUGUUAGAGAUAGAUUGGAUCGUUGUUCCCUGGGCUAUUGCGACGGUGUGUAUCGUGUGUUUUUGCGUUAUGGUCUCCUCCCGCUUAGAGACUGUCGAUGGGGUGUUUGCGGCGACACUGGCGUAUGCAGCGGUCAUCUUGGUGUUUGUGGGUAUUGUGAACCCGAGACUGAAGAGUUAG